AUGGCCGAACAACAGCAACCGUGUACGGGUGUCAUCUCUCCAGUACUUGGAGAUAUCGACCCCAACGCAGCUCCAUCUACCCACUGCCAGACACCCAAGAUAAAAUUGACUGGCCCGCGUUACACCAAGGAGGACCUAUUUGAUAUUGGGCGCAGUACCCACCAUAGCAGGAGUCGGGUUGAACUUACCGGUGCUCUUAGACCAUCUGAUGCCCAUAAUGCUCCCUAUAUCAACUUCCCUGCUCCAUCCCCACACACCACUCCAACGCUACAGUCUGGCGUCGCUUCAGAUACCGUCGUCGACAAUGCAGAAGUCAAUGGUGUUGGUGUUGAGAAUUCUGGAGAGACUGGUGUUGUGGCUGCUGAAGUAAAGAAGAAAAAGAAGAGCAGCGGGAUCCACAAGAAACUCAAGGUCAAUCCUACCGGAUUUGAAGAGUUCUAUGCCGAUCCGCCUACAACUCCCGAGGACUACCAGGUGGAAUCUGAUCUCUAUCAUCCGGACAGAGAUUUCCACCAACGUAUUGAGACAUGCAUCCAGCGCUAUAGAGCCCGCCGUAAGCUUGAUUCUGUUCGCAGCAACAUCUUCUCCAAGUACCUCAUCAUAGGAGGCAUCGAGGCGACCGGAAAGUCCUUCACGGGUGGAGCUCUUGACAAGGAAACUCUGGAGACUUCUACUGCCGAGGAGAUUGCUGCUGUUCAAGCCACCGACUUCGUCCGCUCGGGGGUUAAGAAUACCAAGUAUUACGAUCCGAAUGAAGCAGAAAACUGGGUUGUUGACUUUGAGGGAAUUGCAAAGGGAUUCUUCUCUCGCAUUAUCCCUAAUCGAAUUGGAGCGGAUACUGAUGAAGAAAUCAAUUUAGCUUCUGCAGUCAUCCGAAACUUCUUGAACUAUGUUCUUCAGCACAAUGUCUGCCCCGAGUACAUUGAGGAUGUUAUGGCUGCUCGCAGAAUCUGUGACUUGGCUGAGAAGGACUUGAUGGCCAUCAAGAGCUUCCGAACUGAGCUGCCUGGAGAUUUCAACAUUGCGGCUUCGACUGUCUGCGGCGGUUUCUACCAAAGCGUAUUUGUCGCGACUCAGGCGUGGCAGUCGGACAAUGACCCACAAAAUGAGCAUGCUGCCGUUAAUGUUGGCUUUUCUGGUGCACAAGCGACGCGAAUCUUCAACUCUGCCCUCGCUUUCAAGGGGAGUGACAAUCUAUUCAAAAAGGCCGAGAGCGGGGGUAUCUACAUUAUCAAGACUGAAACGAAGGCCUAUGAAGUUGUAGAGAUUGAGCGGGCAUCUACCCAAUUUGUCUCGGAGGUUGCGACGAUCAAGGACCAUACUGAUGUGGCUGGCAACAUCAAGCCUUUGGGAAUCAUGAAGGUCAAAGCGUGGGAGGGGCCUGGAUUAGAUCCAGAGGACAUGUCAGAUGACGAGGAGCAUGAGGAGGCCACCAAAGAAUCACGAAUCGAUUCCUUCUGGCUCGAAGAUGAUAUCCUUCGUCUGAUGAACCCAGGUCUGAAGUUGGAGCUUGUCGUUCGUGAAUUGAACAUUGGUAUCAAGUUCUUUGAUCGGAUCCUUGGUCUUUACUGCUCGUUCCACACCUACCUGGAAAAUGAAAAGUUAAAUGGUUGGAAGGAGCCUGGUAAGCUUUCCUUCCGAUGCAAAGAUUGCAGUACUGACGCAGCAUAG